UGCAUAAUGGGGGUCUGGAUUUCUUAUUUGGGUGUGGUCAAGUGAUGUUCGAUAUAUAUAUAUAUAUAUGUAUAUAUUUUAUAAUCGGCUUUCACUGCUUUCAAAUUUUGAUCGAUUCUGGAGACAAAGAUGGGACUAAUGAGGCCAAGUGUCAAGAUGAUGCAGAUAAUUUGCCCUAUGGCCAAAUUACACCCUAAAGAGAUCCAAAAUAACUCAGUCCUACUUCUCUCCACAAUGGGGACAAUCUGUGGUCAGUCACUGCAAUACUGCACAUGGUUGGGAUCAAAUAGCUUGUUGCCAGUAAGUAAGACGACCAAUCUCUGUGAUUAUCUGCAAUGGAAACAAACAUCUAAAUCAUGGGAGGCAAAAUGUUUGGAAAUUUCACAUUCUAACAAGAGUUCCCAGGCUCCCAACCUGGAACCUAGAAACUGUGAUGCUUGUUUUGAUGAAAAUUGGCUGUUAAAGACAAAGGGUCAAGAGGUCAGCUCACAUCUAAAUGGACGCAGCAUAUAUCUUGUUGGUAUGAUGGGAUCUGGAAAAACUACUGUGGGAAGAAUUUUAUCAGAAGCUCUGAAUUACUCUUUUGUUGACAGUGACCAUUUUGUGGAAGAAUUCAUGGGUGGAAUUUCAGUUGCUCGAAUAUUUAAUGAAUAUGGUGAGAGCUUCUUCAGAGACAAUGAGAGUGAGGCAUUGAAGAAGUUGUCCUUAAUGUCCUGUAAAGUUGUUGCGACUGGUGGUGGAGCUGUGGUUCGUCCCGUUAACUGGGAAUAUUUCAAGCAAGGAAUAUCUGUCUAUUUAAAUGUACCUCUAGAUGCCUUGGCCAAGAGAAUUGCUGCUGUUGGAACCAGUUCUCGCCCUCUUUUAGAUAGCUCAGGAGAUGCAUACACUAAGGCUUUUGUGGGGCUUUUCCCCAUUUCCAAGAAGAGAGCUGAUGCAUACGCCAAUGCUGAUAUCAAAGUUUCCCUUUUAGAUCUUGCUGCUAAUUUAGGUGAUGAAGACGUCUUAAAUAUUGCACCUGCAGCCAUAGCAGCUGAGGUGCUUCUACAAAUUGAGAAGUUUCUGGGGGGUGCCACUAGCACAUCUGUUCAUUAGCCAUCCUAAGUAAAAUCCUUUUUACCUUUUUCCCCACAUAAACGUGCCUUAGUUUCAACUUAUUAAGGUGUCAAAUAAGUUAAAACCAUCAUUCUCUUGCUUUACAUUAUUUGUACUCACACCCUCUUAAAGAACAAUUGGUGCACGUUUGGUAUGUAGAAAAAUACUUUUUAGGAAAGAAAUGAGAAAUGCAUUUAACCCAGUUUCUUUCUAAAUAUAUUUUUCUUUUCCUUUCUGGAAAGCAAAUUUCCAUAUAUCAAACGUUCACUUAGUGUUGGUGUUUUCACUGUCAUUAUCAUAAAUAUCUGAUGUACAUUAGUACAGAUAAAAUUUAUAUCUGAUUUUGUAAGCAGCAAUAAAGAAGUCUCAUGUUACACUCU